AUGGCGCCCGCAAAAUCGUCCUCCGACAAGGACACCUAUUCGGUGAUCCUACCCACCUUCAACGAGCGCCAGAAUCUGCCCAUCAUCACCUGGCUGCUAAACCGCACCUUUACCGAGCAUAACAUCGACUGGGAGCUCGUAAUCGUCGACGACGGCUCGCCCGACGGCACGCAAGACGUCGCCAAGCAGCUCAUCAAAGCGUACGCGCCGCACGUGCAGCUACAAGCACGCACGGGCAAGCUGGGGCUGGGAACAGCCUAUGUGCACGGCCUCAAAUUCGCGCGCGGCAACCGCAUCAUCAUCAUGGACGCCGACUUCAGCCACCACCCCAAGUUCAUCCCGCGCAUGAUCGCGCUGCAGCGGGCGCGCGGCUUCGACAUAGUCACGGGCACGCGCUACGCCGGCGACGGUGGUGUUUAUGCAGAGUGCUCGAGAGCUGUUGAGAGCACCGAUGCCGCGAGUUUCCAUGCAGAUGCGCUGCAGUCACGCCAAGUCGAAGAGGUACACGAUUGA